UAUUCUUUUUUACUGCUUAAAUUUCUUAGACUCUUUAUCAGACCUGUUUUACUUCUGUUAUUUAUCAAUGACACAUAUCAAUGAAAGGCUUGUCUUACUUUUCAUUAUCCUAAUUCCAUAAUGAAAUAUCCUUUACCUUAUUUCUUUUCUACUUUACUGUAUAUUCAAAUAAGUAGCAUUAUGGAAAUCUUCAGUAUUUCUAUAGUGCAUAUUAUUUGAAAGGGAGCCAACUCCGUCGUCCUUGCCUACCAAUUAACGAUUAUCCAACCUUCCCCCGUCACUUUGGACAUUUCUUGAAAACAGGUACAUUUUCGUCCUUAAAUUUUGUACAUCUUUCAUCAAAAUUCAUAGGAAAGGAAAAGUUUAUUUGUAAAAAUCAUAUUGCAUUGUUAAACAUGAAUAUCUAUGUCACAUUUUCAUCGUACUUUAAUUACGGAUUAGUUGAAGAUUUUUCAGUAAUUUGAUGGAUUUUCUUGCAUUUAUACAUCGUCUGUGUAACGCUAAAAAAAAAAAAAAUGGCCGAAUUUAAUUUCAAGUUUAUCUACAAUUCUUUAAUUUUUACUGAGAUCUUAUAUAAAUAUUGUUUAUUGAUGCGAAUCCUAUUUUAAUUCUUUAUUUUGCCAUUAUUAAAUGCAUUUAUUUGCGGUAAAGAGCCUGGAGUCGAUAUGACCCAGUUUAUAUGUGUUUCAUGGAAGUCGUGUUAUGUAUACAGCUUAGAUCUGAUCUACACAGCUGAUCGCAUAUAACGACGUUUAACUGAAGUUCGGCAUACUUUUGUAGAUGAGUCCAAUUAAUUUUUUCGUGAUCCAGGAAAUAUUGAGAUAAUUAGAUUUUCUAUUAUUUUGACUAUAUGGAUGCUAAAUAUAUAGAUCUAUAUAUCCAUAAUAUUAUACCCUGUUUGGUGGGCUUUAGAAUAUUUGUGUUUGCCUAAUGGCUUUUUGUCAUAUUUGUAAUGUGGGCUUUGUCUGGCCAUUGUACCAAAUUGGUGCCAGUCAAAAAAAAAAAAAAAAAAAAAAAAAAAAAUUUGACUGCGUUUAUAUGUUUGUAUAUAUACUUCCGAUUUUCAUUCCGGGGAUACAAACAUAUAAUAUAUGAAUUGUUUCCGAUUAUCCGGAAUGAUCACAAUAUUGUUGACUUGCCAUUAUGCCUUGCUGGCGUGCAGUCAAAUGUUUAUAUACAGGCUUGUCUGGCCAUGAUCACAAUAAUGUUGACUUGCCAUUAUGCUUUGCUGGCGUGCAGUCAAAUGUUUAUAUACCGGCUUUGUGUGCCGGCAAUUAUAUGUAUAUAUUAUAUGAUAUUACAAAAUUUACAUAUAUAUUAUUUAUUACAUUGUUCGGAUUGAUUCUUGCAAUAUUGAUAUGUCAUUAUUCCAAUUUUUUAGUGUAAUGUUGGCUUUCUAAUUACGAUAUUCAUUAAAUUUCCCAAUUUCUACGGACUAGUAGACUUUACAACACGUACCCUUGUUUUUUACCGCAUUUAUUAAUUUGCAGAUUAUAUUAAUUUGUAUAAUUUCAAUUUUAUUUUUCAAUUUUCAAGAAUGUUCCCUAUAAUGAUUUAUAUUUAUUUCCAGUAUGUACGAUAGGUAUAUAAUAGUUGAACUAUAUUUGCCACUUAACCUCUCCCCCACCCCUUCCCCAAACCUCCUCAAAGAAAUUAGCAUAUUAGAAUUUUAAUUUUCCUUUCAUGUUGAUUGACAUCAUGCCCCGAGCGAGACGUGGUCGUGGGAGAGCACUCCGAAAUCAAGUUCAGUAUAUGCGCCAGAGGCCAGAUGCUCAGGUGGAGCACCAGAUACCACCCGUACCUUUGCCAGUUCCACAGAUGCAGCCACCACCACCACUUCCACAGCAACCACCACAAAUUCCACCACUUCCACAGCAACCACCACAAAUUCCUCCAGACCUGAAUCUACCUCCACAACAUCUCCCACAUCACAACAUGUUACCUCAUCUGCAAGACGGACCUCAACCACCUCAUCUGAAUCUACAUGACCUCCCCCAACAGCCGGAACCAGAUGACAUGCAGCCUGCACUUCAAGCCAUUCCACCACAGAUGCCGCCAUUGCCUCAGCCUGAGGAAGAUCUCCAGGGCCAAGACGGCGAUUCAUUUCUCCGCAAAAAUCUAUGGGCAUUAGGCCAUACUCCGGUCAAAACUGACAUUUUAAAAAUAUAUUUGGAUUUAUAUACAAAUCAAGAAGAUGCAAUUUACUUAUAUAAUGGUUUCAAAUCAGGAUUUCAUCUUCAUUAUUCUGGCCCACGGAUCCCUAUUUUUUCCAAAAAUCUAACAUCUGUUAAUAAUCACCCAGAAGUAUUGAAAGACAAACUUCAAACUGAGGUUGAUCUAGACCGUAUUUUAGGCCCCUUUUCUAAAAAAACCAUUAUCUAACCUGAGAAUUAAUCCAGUUGGCCUAGUGCCAAGAAUUACUGGAGGUUGGCCUCUAAUUUCUAACCUCUCUUAUCCGGUAGGUUUUUCUGUAAAUGAUUUCAUUGACCCUGAAAUUUGUUCAGUACAGUACUCAAAAUUUGAUAAUGCCAUAGAAAUUAUACAGCGUUUAGGAAAAUCUGCCCUUAUGGCAAAAAAGGAUAUUAAAUCAGCUUUCAAUCUUUGCCCCGUGUACCCAGGUGAUUUUGAUCUUUUAGGUAUUUAUUUUGAUAAUAAGUACUAUAUACAAAAAAUGUUACCGCAAGGAGCUUCCAUUUCCUGUUCAAUUUUCGAAAAGUUCGCAACUUUCAUUCAGUGGUCCGUAUCAAAA